AUUUUUCGAAAAAAAAUUGACGGAAGCUGUGAUUUUCCUUUAUCAAACAUAAAACUCAAUAAUGCCUACCAAUCCAGACGAGCCCUACUACUGCUCGCAGCAAAUAAAUAUCCCACCAUCAUUACCGGAUAUUCUGAAACAAUUCACAAAAGCGGCAAUCCGCACUCAACCAAAAGAUGUCUUGGCAUGGUCUGCUGCCUAUUUUAAAGACAUGGCAAAAGGAGAGACACCCCCUGUGAAAGAGAGACUUGAAAUGCCCGUGGCCACACAGAAAACAGAUACAGGUCUUACCCCAGGUCUUUUGAGGGUGCUAAAUAAGCAGCUUGGUCCAAAGAAGACAGUAUCAUUAAGCUUAAUCGAGGAGAAGUGGGCAGAUUUAGCUCUCCCCAAAGAACAAUUUGACGACCUGGUCAGGAUAGGGAGUUUUGGGGGAGAGGUUGAAUGGAAUAAAUUUUUUGCCCUCUGUGCUUCAGCACUAGGAGAGAACAUUACAGAUGCCAUGAAGACAAUCUGCGAGAUUUUAACAGCCGAUCCCGAGGGCGGCCCCUCUAGAAUCCCCUUCCCAUUAUUUAAGGAUCUCUACACCUACCUAGCACAGAUUGAUGGAGAAAUUACACAGCAACAAAUUAAUGAAGUCUGUAAUUACCUCAAAUAUCAUGUGGACAAACAAGAUGGAUAUGUCCAACCUCGUAAUUUCCUUGGAGCUGAAUGUCCGAAGUUAUCUAAUCAUUGAGGUUUUUGUGAUAUAUAACUAAUGACUACU